CCUCCCCCCACCCCCAACUCCCGCCCAGGUUUUCCGCGCGCCUCUUUGGCAGCUGGUCACAUGGUGAGGGUGGGGGUAAGGGGGCCGCUCUAACUUGCGGCCUGUGUCUGUGUUCGGGCCCGUAGCGUCCAGCUGCCUCGAGCAGAUCAGUGUAUGGGUCCUGAGGAACCGCCUCCCGGGCCCCGGUAACGGGCCGACCCCGCAUCUCCUGGUACGGGGUGAAGGUGUCCUGUGAUCCGAGAAUGGAAACUCUUCGAUAUGAGCCAGUGGCUGAGAUUGGUGUUGGUGCCUAUGGGACGGUGUACAAGGCCCGUGAUCCCAACAGUGGCCACUUUGUGGCCCUCAAGAGCGUGCGAGUCCCUAAUGGAGGAGGUGCUGGAGGAGGCCUUCCCGUGAGCACAGUUCGUGAGGUGGCCUUACUGAGGCGGCUGGAAGCUUUUGAGCAUCCCAACGUUGUCCGGCUGGUGGAUGUCUGUGCCAGCUCCCGCACCGACCGGGAGACCAGAGUGACCCUGGUGUUUGAGCAUGUGGACCAAGACCUGAGGACAUAUCUGAACAAGGUACCCCCACCAGGCUUGCCAGUGGAGACCAUUAAGGAUCUGAUGCGUCAGUUUCUAAGAGGCCUGGAUUUCCUUCAUGCCAACUGCAUUGUUCACCGGGACCUGAAGCCAGAGAACAUUCUGGUGACAAGUAGUGGGACAGUCAAGCUGGCCGACUUUGGCCUGGCCAGAAUCUACAGCUACCAGAUGGCACUCACACCUGUGGUCGUCACACUCUGGUACCGCGCUCCAGAAGUUCUGCUGCAGUCUGCAUACGCCACACCUGUGGACUUGUGGAGUGUUGGCUGUAUCUUCGCAGAGAUGUUUCGCCGAAAGCCUCUCUUUUGCGGAAACUCUGAAGCUGACCAGUUAGGCAAAAUCUUUGAUCUGAUUGGGCUGCCCCCAGAGGAUGACUGGCCCCGAGACGUUUCUCUGCCCCGAGGAGCCUUUUCCCCCAGAGGGCCCCGCCCAGUGCAGUCCGUGAUACCUGAGAUGGAGGAGUCUGGAGCACAGCUGCUGCUGGAGAUGCUGGCUUUUAACCCACAUAAGCGAAUCUCUGCCUUCCGAGCCCUGCAGCACUCUUAUCUACAAAAGGCAGAAGGUAGCCCAGAAUGAGCAGUGGAGUGGCUGCAGCACAACCAAGAGAAGAAAACUCAUUUACCUUUGAACACUUGAGUGGAGAGCCCCCCGCCACUGAGAAGGAGCUCUGUGCCUUUUUAUCUCUGAGGCCGUGGAAUGCGCCUCCAGCUUUUUACAAAGAAUACCUGGCUGGCAAGUUUAAUGACAUUCCCGUCCUCCCCUCCCCCAUUGGAGUAUGCCCCUUGUUCUCCCUUUCCUUACCUUGAUAUUGAGAUACAUUUUUUAUACAGGAAAAAACAAAACAAAGAAAUACGGUCUUUUUUUUUUUUU